GAAAUCACGUCAUGCUUUCCUGCAGGAGUCUGCGUGGAUGUGAGCCCGAGUAGGAAAACUCCUCGACAGUUCCUCUCUGGACGUUGCGGACCCCUCAGCGGGAGUCUGGUGGCCAUGGCAGCCGCCUCUCCGUCGCUCCCAGGCGGCGCGGCGCCGGGCGCAGGGCUCGGGGAGAACCCGGCGGACCUCGGCAGCUUGGAGAGGCUCACUCCCUCCGCUGUCAACCGCCUCAUGAUGGAGUUUCUCAUUUACUUCGGCCGAGCCGUCGUGGUCUUCUACCCCGUGUACCUGACGGGGUACCUGGGCCUGAGCAUCAGCUGGGUGCUGCUGUGCAUGGUGAUGAUCACCUGGUGGAAGAAGAAUCGUCAGUGGAAAGACGCCCGGAUCGGGUCGGCCAUCGACUUUGUGGACAACGAGACCCACGUUAUCAACACCGAGCUGAAAGGUUCCUUACAGAUGGCUUCGUGGGUGCAUUUCACAGAAGUCGAGAAAGUUGAGUGGGUGAACAAGGUGUUGGAGCAGGCAUGGCCGUUCUUUGGGAUGUACAUGGAGAAGCUGCUGAAGGAAAGAAUCCAGCCGUCUGUCAGACUCUCCAACUCCGUGCUCAAAAUGUUCACUUUUAUCAAAAUCCACUUCGGCCACAAGCCUCUCAGGAUCACAGGAAUGAGAGCGUACACCCAUGAAGUGGAUCAGCGGGUGGUGAUCCUGGACCUGAACAUAAUAUACGACAGCGAUGUGGACAUCGAUGCAACGGUGAACUCUGCAAUCACAGCUGGUGUGAAAGGACUUAAAUUCCAGGGGAUGUUGAGGGUCAUUUUGGAGCCUCUUAUCGGUCAGUCACCGCUGGUUGGAGGGGUCACUCUGUUUUUCAUCCGCCGCCCUACUCUUCAGAUCAAUUGGACCGGCUUGACCAAUCUUUUGGACAGCCCCGGGUUCAACUCUCUCUCUGAGGACGCCAUCUUGGACAUCAUAGCCUCUUUCAUGGUGUUACCGAACCGCAUGUGCAUUCCCCUCAUCGACCAGAUCAAAGUGGACCAGAUGAGGUUUCCACUUCCUCGUGGGGUGGUGAGGGUCCACGUCCUGGAGGCCAGAGACCUGGUGGCCAAAGACACGUACAUGAUGGGCUUAGUGAAGGGCAAGUCAGACCCGUACGUGAAACUCCGAGUCGGCAACCGCAACUUCAAAACCAAAACCAUCAAAGAAAAUUUGCACCCAAAAUGGAACGAAGUUUACGAGUUUGUGGUUCAUGAGGCGCCGGGACAGGAGCUGGAGAUGGAGCUGUACGACGAGGACACGGAUAAAGACGACUUUCUAGGACGAUAUAACCUGGAUUUAGGAGAAGUUAAGAGAGAGAAAGAAAUGGAUCAGUGGUUUCCUCUGGAGGGGGUUCCUCAUGGAGAACUUCACCUGAAGCUUCAGUGGCUUUGUCUGAAGUCCGACGCCAGUCUGCUGAGGGAGUCUGAGGGUGGCUUUGCCUGUGCCAUGCUCGCAGUGUAUCUGGACAGCGCUUCCAACCUGCCGAGAGAUCACAGCGAGUUAACAGCCAAUCAGAAACAUGGGAAGCACCCAAAGGAGUCACGGCUCACAAAAAGAAACGUUUGUCCUAACUCCUAUGUGGAACUGUCUGUUGAUAAGGAUGUUCAAAAAAGCAAGGCUGUAUUUAGAAAUCAAAACCCGGAGUGGGAGCAGGGCUUUACGUUCUUCGUGCACAAUGUCAAAACGCAGAAGCUCGUGGUUCAGGUCAAAGAGCAUGAGAAGAAGGCUGUGCUCGGGGUUUUGAACGUGCACCUCAAUCGCCUCAUCAACAUCUCCGACAUGUCUCUGGACCAGACCUUCCCGCUGGAGUGCUCCGGACCCAACAGCCAGAUCAAGCUGAAGGCAACUAUGAAGAUUCUUUCUGUGGAACUGCCGCCACCCAAGAGUGUCCCUGCACCUCCCCCCAAUGCUCAACAGCAGAAACCACCAGUCAAACCAGGAGGUAACACCUCUGCUGCUGCUGCAAUUGUUCCCACCAACGCCACCCCUGCUCAGACCCGUCCGGGGGAUCCAAAUCAGAACGAUCCGGAUCAGUGGCGCGGCAGCUCCUUCCUGAUUUCUGAUUCCGAGAAGUCUUCGUCAAACAUUAGGCGGUACGACUCCCACAGUCUGCUCUCGGAGAACUCCAUCGCGUCGUCACGUUUGGACAUCUCCGAAGGAGCCUCCUAUCCCGAGGCUCUUAGAAACCAUCAGGGCUCAUUCGGAGAGAUCAAGCUGACGGCAAAAUACGCUACUCUGAGGAGGAAACUUAUUAUCAUAGUUCACGCUUGCAGGAACUUAUUCCCCUGCAGUGAGAACGGCACAGACUCCUACGUCCGCCUGUAUUUACUGCCCGACCACUCCUGGAGACACCGCAAGAAGACGCAGGUCAAGAGGAAGACGACCGAUCCCGUCUUUAAUGAUAAGUUUGAGUUUGACGUGUCGCUUGAAGAAGCACAAAGCAGGAAGCUGGAUGUGGCAGUUAAAAACAACAAGAUGUUCCAUACGAGACAGAGGACUGACAUCGGCAUGGUGUUAUUUGACUUCUCCCAGAUGGAUAUAACCAAAGGCUUCACAGAAUGGUUUGAGCUCACACUGCCUGGGCUGAAACGCUCUGGAUCCAAGAUGCUUCUGUGAAACUCCUUCACUCUUCCUGAUCUCUGAAGAUGGCAGCAGAUUGGACAAGAUGUCUUUGUCUCCUCCUUGGACAUGCUGUUUAAGGACGACUUGUCUUUCUUGCUCGUGUUUCACAGAGUGUAACGGUUUUUUACGCCAUAGAUUGACAGCGGGAGCCAUGUGGUAAUUUUACGGGUAUUUUAGAAAUGUUUUUAAAGGUUUUUCUUUUCCAUAGAAAGUACUUUUUCUCCCCAAAACGUUUGAUCAACCAAGAUGAGGCAACACUUUUAUUAGAGAUGUUUUUUUUUUUUUUAUUUAAUUCACCUGAGCCAAAGA